AUGUCAUUUUAGAAACAAAUAAAAUUUAAAAUACAUCUCAUUGGUCACCCUCGCGUUGGCAAAACAGCUAUAAUCACACAAUUCAUCGAUUCUAAUAUUGAUAAACUACCAGUAUCCAUAGGUAUGGAAAUUAAGGAAAAGAAUCUUAUUUUCAAUAAUUUAAUUGUUACUCUUUAAUUUUGGGAUGGGCCUGGUCAUGAAAAAUUUUAAAGAGGUGAGGUUUAUCGAGGGCUCGAUUGCUUGAUUAUAGUCUAUGAUAGCAAUGGUGAGGAUCCAAUAAAAACUUUGGAUUAUUGGAACAAAUUAUAAUUAGAUUUAAGCAACAGUAAAGAUCGAGAAAAAUUUCCAAUUUUUGUAAUCAAAGUUAAUAAAAAUAAUAUUGUUGAGAAUAAUGAAAUAUUGGAGAGCAUAGCUGUUUUAUAGUGGUGCAAAUAAAAUAGAAUCAAAUAAUUUUUUAAAGUAUCCUACUAGGACAAUCUAAUUAUAAAUGAAACAUUCAUAGAGAUUACAAAGAUCCUAUUAGGAUAAAAAUCGAAAUAAUUGAACAUAGGACAUUUAGCAAUUAGUUUAUUUGAUGAUUCUUCUAAAGACGCAUCAUCUAAAAACACAAUUCUGAAAUCAUAACUAAAAUGCAAUAUGUAAGACAGAUUUGAGUCAAUUCAAUGUUAACAUUAGCAUGAUAGUCCACCAAUAAUUGUACUUCUUGAUAAUAAUCUUAAAGGAGUCAAAAGGUUGGUAUGUUCAUAAUGCAUUAAUGAUAUAAGAGGACCUUUUAACGGUAUCAAUAUAGAUGAAGCAAUUAAAAUAAUUGAAGAACAGAAGAAUAAUUUACUUGAAAUAGUUUCUGAUUUUAGCUAGAAAAAUAUUAGCCUUUUAAAUUGUUUAAUUGAACAAAUAUUAUAAUAGAAAGCUUUAAUUUUAUAGUCAAUGGAUUAAAUGAUAAAUUAAGUUAAUAAUUGGAUCGAUGAGAUAAAGUAGCUUGAGAUAAAGUAGUGCUCAUACAGCUUUAUUGAUGAAAUAGAUUAAUUGAAUAAGUCUAUCGAAAUUAAAAGAAACAUAUAAGUUAAGGAAGUUAGCUAAUUGAUUGACAACAUUAACUUAUCCUAUGAAACAAAAAUAUAAAAUACAAAUUAAUUAUUACAAAUACACUUGCAGAGGACAUAAAAUAUUUUAAGAUCAAUUUCGUCUAGUGCCUCUUAUUAGGAAUUGAAUAUAAUUAGAAAAAAUAAUAUAGAAAAAAUUAAAGAAUAUAAUUAGUUAGAUUAUCAGUUAGUUUCAGAAGUUAGGCAAUAGGAAUAAUGUCAUGCAUUAGCAUUUAAUCAUAAUUAAUCAAUUAUGGCUGCUAGUUUAAACAACAACAUAGUUUUAUGGAGUUUUUAAAAAGGAUAGCUAUUAGAUAAAAAGGCUAGCUUAUAUGGUCAUUAAAGACAAAUAAAAUGUAUUAUUUUUAGUAAAAAAAAAAAUUGGUUGUUCUCUGGGAGUGAGGAUAACACAAUUAGAAGCUGGAAAGAAUAAGAGACUUGGUUUAGUAAUAGUAAAUGGGAAAGCAGAAAAGCAGACAAAACACAUACGAAUUGGGUAAAUGAAUUACUUUUAAAUGAUUAAGAAAAUGAAUUAAUAUCUUGUAGUGUAGAUUAGACAGUUAAGAUCUGGAAAAUUUAAUACGAUUCAAAUUCUAUUAAAUUUGUAUAGUCUCUCGAGAAACAUUAAAAAUCUGUAUUAUCAAUCAGUUUAAAUUAAUCUCAAUAAUAAUUAAUCUCUUGGGGUGAAGAUAAAUAAGUUGUUUUAUGGGAAAAGAACUAUAUAUAAAAAUGGUAAUUUAAAAAUAUAGUUCUCCUAUACAAUUAAAUUCAAGGAAUAAAUAUAGGUGUUAGAUUUCUUAUGGAUCAUUAAAUUAUCUGCAAAACAUCUAAUGGAUAGAUAGAAAUAUAUAAAUAAACAUAAGAUUAAUAUGAAAGUCAUCAAGUAUUAGAUUUUGAUGUAUAAAAUUCUGAUGAGAACUCAUAAGAAACUCAAAUAAAUUACAAUAUUUAAACUUAAUUAAUAGUAAUGCAAUACAAGAAAUGUUUUUAUUUUUUCAGAAAUUCUUACGAUGAUAAUAAAUUGUAAUAAGUUUGUUAACCUUUGAUCUACGAGUCGGAAGUUAUUUUUUUUAAUAUUACAAAUGAUGGAAAAUACUUUGUUGUAUUUUAGCAUCCCCUAUUCAAAUUUAGAAUAUACGAAUUGAAAUAUAUUCAUAUAUAAUGA